AUGCCACUGUACGAAUCAAGUUCGUCAUCAGGUUCCGGAGAUACUGCUGACGACGUCGUUGGUCAAGCCAACAAUGGCAAUGUCCGUUUCAAACCCGAAGCAGAACAGCGCCAAAAAGCAAUUACUCUGGUCAAAAGAAGACUCGAACUCCUGACCAGAACCGCAUAUGGCAAGUUUUACGCGUACUUGUAUAAGGAGGUGCCGACCUGUUGGCGACAGCUUUAUACGGAUACGGCGAUUUUGAGGUUUGCGGGUUUGGUUUUGCUUGAGUUUGACUUUGAGGAUGGUGCGGGGCUGAAGGAGGGGGAUGAGAAGGAGGAGAAGAAGAAGGAGGAGAAGAAGAAGGAGGAGAAGAAGAAGGAGGAGAAGAAGAAGGAGGAGAAGAAGAAGGAGGAGAAGAAGAAGGAGGAGAAGAAGAAGAAGGAGAAAGGAUCAAGAGGGAGAGAGUGGUGGAUGAGAUGGUCAAGACGCUGGAUCUGA